UCCUCCCGACGCCCGCUCCAACCGUACGGCUCCGCGGCGGGCAGCGGCGAGGGAGAGACGGGGACCCCGCGCCCCCGCCCCGCCCCGUUCCGCCCCGCCACGCUGAGUGGGCCCCGCGGCGCGGAGCGGCGGGGCGGGACGCGGCGGCCGAGCCCGGCGAGACAGCGGCGGAAAGUGCCACGACUCCACACGUCUGCAGCAGCGAGGAGGGACCGCGACCCGGCACGGGCACAGAAGAAUAAGGCAGGAUGGAUGUGUAUGACCCUCAGACGCUGGGUGUUGUGGUCUUCGGAGGUUUUAUGGUGAUAUCAGCCAUUGGGAUCUUCCUGGUGUCCACCUUCUCCAUGAAGGAGACAUCUUAUGAGGAAGCCUUGGCCAAGCAACGCAAAGAGCUUGAGAAGACCCAGCAGCAGAAAAUGGAGAAAAAGAAAAAAGAGAAAUCUGUUGAGAAGAAAGGAAAAGCAAAGAAAAAGGAAGAGAAACCUAAUGGAAAGAUCCCAGAGCAGCAGAUGACUCAGGAAGUGACAGACCCUCCCAAGGAUGUGGUUCUUGAAGCUGCUGUGGUACCUGAGCCUUUAACAGUGGAGUUUCCAAUUGCAGCAGUGUCAGUUGUCCCCCAGGAAAAGGAGAAACCUGUUCUGUCACCUAAGGAGAAGAGGAAGAAGGAGAAGAAGGUGGCAAAGGUAGAGCCUGCUUCUAGCCUGAUGUUGGCUUCACCUCCUGUCAGUGUCCCCAGAAGUUCUCCUGUCCUGGAGGUGGCCCCUAAGGAGGUGCCUGUUGUGGCUGUGCCACCAGUUGGCACACAGCAAAGUGCUCCUGUCAACCCUGUCACCAUCAAGAAAACCGAUGCUCUUCCGACCCAUGAGGAGCAGAAGCAUGAUGGACCUGUCAAGAAGAAGGCUGCAUCCAAGAAGAAGAGUGAGCCAGCACCUACGGAUUCAGAUGGGCCCCUCUACCUACCCUACAAGACACUCAUGUCCACUGUCAGCAGCAUGGUGUUCAGUGAGGGUGAGGCCCAGCAGCUCAUCGAGAUCUUGACGGAGAAAAUGGGCAUCAUGGACACCUGGCACACGGCCACUCAGAAGGGUGACCCGGUUGCUAUCCUGAAACGCCAGCUGGAAGAGAAGGAGAAGCAGCUCUCAGCCGAGCAGGAAGAUGCAGCUGCUGCCAGAAACAAGCUGCGGGAGCUGAGCAAGGACCUGGCAGCUGAGCGGGCCAAGGCGGCGGCUGCAGAGGGCAAGCUGAAGGAGCAGCUGCUGGCCCGUGAGCAGGAGAUCGUGGCAGUGCAGGCACGCAUGCAGGCCAGCUACCAGGACCAUGUCAGCGAAACGCAGCAACUCCAGGUCAAGAUCCGGACCCUGCAGGAACAGCUGGAGAAUGGCCCCAACACACAGCUGGCUCGCCUGCAGCAGGAGAACUCCAUCCUGAGGGACGCCCUCAACCAGGCCACCAGCCAAAUGGAAAGCAAGCAAAAUGCUGAGCUGGCCAAGUUACGGCAGGAAUGCAACAAGCUGAUGAGAGAGCUGUCUGAGAAAUCAGAGGUGCUGCAGCAAGAGGAGCAGCAGAGGAAGAGCUGGGAGAUCAAAGCGGCAGCUUUGGAGAAGCAGAACAAACAGCUGCAGGCUUCCCAACAGGAGGUGGAGGUGAUGCUGCAGAAGAGGCUGGAUGAAGUCAGUGAUGAGCUCCACAAAACCCAGACCAGCUACAAAAGCUUGUUAGCAGACGCAGAAAAGGCCAAAGGACAGCAGCAGAGCAUUGCUGAACUGCAGGCCAAGCUGCUGAGCUCCGAAGCAGAGGUUAAAAGUAAGUUGCUGGAGUUGGACAAUGUGAAAGGGAAACUGCAGGAUGCCAGUUUGGACAAUACGAAGCUUCUGGAGAGGAUCAAGUCCAUUGAAGCUCUGCUGGAGGCAGGCCAGAUGAGUGGGGCAGAAAAAGACAGAGACUUGCAGGCAGCCAAUGAAGCAGAAAUGAAGCAGCUGCGGUCAAGACUCCAGGAGAACACAAACCAGCUCUCAUCUUUGGAAAGGGAAGCCACAGAGCUGCGAGAGGCAGUAGAGCAACAAAAGAUGAAAAACAAUGACCUUCGCGAAAAGAACUGGAAAGCAAUGGAAGCAUUGACCAUGGUGGAGAAGGUGUGUGAGGAAAAACUACUUGCUGCUACAAAAGCAAAGGAAGAGCUGGCCCAACAGCUGAAUGCAUUCCAGACACGAACUAAGCAGACUCUGCUCUCUGCCCUUCCUGGAGUCACUGUGUCCUCACAGCAGGAUUAUGAUACAUGGCUACAAGAGUUUAAGGAGAAGACUAUAAGUGUGCUAAAGCAGCAAGUGAUUACAACAGAGCCCCUGGAUUCAGCUCUUAAAUUGAAAGAGGCAGUGGAAACACAAAACACUUUACAAGCAGAAUGUGAGCAGUAUAGAACUAUCCUCGCAGAGACAGAGAGGAUGCUGCGAAACCUGCAAAAGAGUGUGGAGGAGGAGGAGAAGGUCUGGAAAGCAAAGCUCACAGCCUCUGAAGAGGAGCUCCAAAAGUCACACUUCCAGCUGAAAUCCCUUGAAGCCAUGGUGGAGAAGUUGAAAGCAGAUCUGCAGAACACAGAUCAGCUAAAGGAAUACACCUCUCUUCUGGAAAUGCAACUGGAAAAUCACUUGCAGACAGCCAGCUCUGAACGUCAAAACUACACAAAAGAAGUUGAAGUUUUGAGGCAGCUCUUAUCAGAGUCCCAGGAGCAGCUGGAGGCAGCAAAGACUGAAAUGCAGAAGCAGAGCAAGGAGCUGGCACUGGUCAGGCAGCACUUGAGUGAGAUGAAGAGCCAUGUACAGGAUGGAGAGGUCGUGAGGUUACAAGCUGACCCAAGCGAGCCUGCACCCCUCAAGCUGAAAACCCAGCUAGAGCAAAACAAAAUGCUGGUGGAGAAGGAGCAAGUGCUGCGGCAAAAGCUGGCACGGGAGCUGGAGGAGGCCCAGAGCUCAGCAUGCACAUUGCAAGCAGAGCUGGAAAAGCUGAGACUGACUGAAAACGCAGCAGCUUCGGACACGGAGGAGGCCCGGCAUCUCAAGGAAAGACUUGACAAAGAAAAAAAAUUAACAAAGGACCUGGGUCAGGCAGCAGCCAAACUACAGGAGCUACUGAAGGUUGCCCAGGACCAACUGGCCAAAGAGAGAGAAACUGUGAAGACAUUGAAAGAACAGCUUCAGGAAACGGGGAAAGAGGACAGUUCAAAAGAAGGGACUUCAGUUUGACGAGUCUGCAACCUAGACCUUACCAUUCAAUUUACCAAAAUGCCUUACACAUUCCUAAAAAUAAAAAUAUGUGCUAAAUUCACUGUAUAUAAGAGAUUUUACAAGCCAUUAGUGACCCAAAACCUAGUUUUGAAACUUAAAAUAUACAAAAAACCCCAAAAACCCAGUAAACACUGCAGUUUGUAAGAAAAUCUUCAUACUGUUUGUACAACUCUUUGUUUCCCAGGGAGCCUCUCUGGCAAUGCCAGGGCAAGUGCUGGGGCUUCACCUUCCUUGUUGCAGCAGAAUCCACAAAUAUGUGCAAAAGGGAAGACUGUGUUUGUACAUCAACUGGUGCAAUUCUAUAUUUUUUCCUUUUUUUUUUUUUUUUUUUUUUUCUGAGUGAAAGGAGUGUGGAAGUAACACCCACCACAGAAGGAUGCCGCUCUUUGAUGGGUGGCUUUUGGCACGUAUCCUUUUUUUUGUAUUUCUGGGUGUUGAUGCAAUUAAAAUGAUGUAGCGAAAA